AUGGCCGAACUACUCGAUCUCACGGUAGAAGCUCCGGCGUCCCCUGAUACGGGCAUUGUCCCGACCCCGCCUGACGUGCCUUUCAAAGGCAGAAAUCGCCAGCGGCUUCUGCGUGGCCUACAGCGCAUUUCCUCAUCACCGUCCCUUCCUGGCCUUGGACGGCCCAGAGCUGUCAGCAACCCCUAUAGUAUCCGUCGUGGCUCUAUAUCCUGCGUCAGUCUGUCCACCGCUGGACCCUCACAGACAUCGUCCAGCGCUAGAUCCGCCACUCCGCAACUAUCACAUCUGAAUUUGAAGAGCGUCGCAGGCCUAGAUUCUCCAACUGGCAAAAGAGAGGCGACGCUCGAAGUAACGGAACUUGAUGACACGGAGGAGUGUUUGGCCAUCCGAAAAAUCCAGCAUGGCUCUUCCCACACCUCGUCCGCCACAUCAUCCUUGCCGUCUGAACUCAAGGGGCGAACUAAACCCGUAGAAAAGAAGGAUUUCUACUUUUGGGAUAACAUGCCUCAUGAAGUCCGAAUCCACAUCUUUUCCUUCUUCCGGCCCAAGGAGCUGGUUCGAUUAUCCAGAGUAAGCAAAUCUUUCUACGGCUUUUGCUUUGACGGCCAACUAUGGACGUCAAUCGACGCAUCCGAGUUUUAUCAAGAUAUUCCUGCAGCAUCCUUGGCGCGCAUCAUCGCUGCUGCUGGUCCUUUUAUCAAGGACCUGAACCUAAGAGGAUGCGUUCAGGUUGAGCAUUACAAACGGACUGAAAUAAUAGUCAAGUCCUGCAAGAAUCUCAUGAACGCGACACUCGAAGGCUGCCGGAACUUUCAGAAGAACACGCUCCAUAGUCUCCUAAGGAGUAACGAGAAGCUAGUCAAUUUGAAUUUGACGGGGCUUUCGGCAGUGACAAACACAUCAUGCAGUAUAAUUGCCGAAUCAUGUCCUCAACUAGAGAGCUUUAACGUCUCUUGGUGUCAAAAAGUUGACGCUCGCGGGAUUAAAAUAAUCAUCGAGGCGUGCGCAAGGCUAAAAGAUCUCCGCGCCGGCGAAGUCAAGGGAUUUGACAAUGUUGCAACUGCCGAGUCUAUUUUCCACACUAAUAAUCUGGAGAGGCUGGUUCUCAGCGGAUGCUCCGAGCUAAAUGAUGAAGCGUUGAAGAUUAUGAUGCACGGGGUAGAUCCUGAAAUCGACAUUCUGACGGGCAUCCCUGAAGUUCCACCCCGGCGGCUUCGCCAUCUCGACCUGAGCCGCUGUAUAAGACUUACCAGCACAGGCGUGAAAGCGAUUGGCCAUUUGGUCCCGGAACUGGAAGGGUUGCAGCUCUCAGGGUGCAAGUCUUUGACCGACGCAGCACUCGAGCCUAUCCUGGCAUCAACACCGAGGCUCACACAUCUCGAGUUGGAAGAUCUCGAGGAGAUUACCAACACUCUUCUCUCUGAGCAUCUUGCCAAGGCGCCGUGCAUCAGCAUCUUGGAGCACCUCGCUCUGAGCUACUGUGAAAAUGUUGGUGAUCUUGGGAUGCUUCCCGUUAUGCAAAAGUGUGUGCGGCUGAAGAGUGCCGAGCUUGAUAAUACGAGAAUAAGCGACUUGGUGCUUGCAGAAGCCGCUUCAAUGGUCAUCAAGCGUUCCAAACCAUCCUUCGAAGCCAACACUCGGCCCAAGGUAACACUGCGACUGGCAGUAUACGACUGCCAAAAUGUAACUUGGACCGGUAUCCGAGAAGUCCUGUUCAGAAACGCCCAAAUCAGGCACGUGGUAGGGCAGCCGAUGGGGAUCACGUAUCCAACCGAGAGCAUCGGCCUGAAAUGCUUCUACGGCUUCCAGAUGACCGUUGACGAGCACCAGAAGAGAGUCCUCCGGGGCGAUCUCGUCUCUGCCGGACGGCUGGAAAGGAAGUGGGCAGACUACAUGCAGGCGAAUGAAGAGGCCGGCGCAGGGGGGGCGGGAUACCGAAGGCGCCGACGUCGGGCGAGACAUGCGCAAGCCCUCCACGCGGAUGAAGAGGACGGCGGCGUGGUCGGUCGGCGCAGAGCAAGGACAUUGGGUUCCUGCUCUGUAAUGUGA